AAUGUUGUUAGGCUUACAAAUGGAGUCUAAUGGAGUCGAUUUAAUGAAAAUCCUCUGAAAAAGCAAAAUCAAUCGAAAGCAUGAGAAAUUCCUUUGAAAUGACCUAAUUAUGACCAUUCUUCACAUUGAGAUAUUGGAUAGCUAUGUAGCUGUGCAGAGGGAAUAAGCCCAUCUGCACCAAGUUAGUGCAAUGUCCCAGAGAGUUAAAAGGCCUAAUCGUAUUGAAGAUGGCACAAUUCCUGUUAAAAGGCGUAAACGCACGGCGGCGGAGGAAGAAGAAGCGACCGCCUUGGCAGCAACCUCAGCAGCUGCCGCGGUUGGAGCAGGCGGCAAUGCCGUUGGUGCCGGUGGAGCGGCUGGUGCCGCCUGGCAGGCACCGCGAUCUAAUGAGCUGAAAAGUAUUUACAACAGAACCACCACAGAGGCACCAGCAGAACUGUUCCGUAAAGAUCUGAUAAGUGCUAUGAAACUACCAGAUUCAGAACCAUUAGCCUCUGAUGAAUAUUGGGUGAUAAUAGACCAGUGGAAGCAGGAAUGGGAGAGAGGUGUGCAAGUGCCAGUCAAUCCAGACAGUCUACCAGAACCAUUGGUCAGCAUCAAGCCUAGCCUUUCGUCUACUUUUAGACCACAAAACACAGACUUUAAACUGCCUAAAACAAAAUACAUGCGCAUCACAAAAGACGAACAUUUUAAUGUAGAAGAACACAAAUUAUCAGAUGCUCCCGCUAAAUCGGAAGACGCUUGUUCUUACGAUCUGGAUGAGUGUGACGUCGCCUGGCUCAAAAUUCUAAACGCUGAACGAGCUUCCGCCGGUUUGGGUCCUAUUUACGAGCAACAACUGGAAAGGGUAAUCGAAAGGUUGGAGCUUUGCUGCUGGGAUAAAAUUCAAUCUAUACUCAAGAAUGAAGAGGGGUUGGGUAUUGAAUACGAUGAGAACGUCAUCUGCGACGUGUGCCGUUCUCCUGAUUCAGAAGAGGGUAACGAGAUGGUUUUUUGUGAUAGUUGCAAUAUUUGCGUUCAUCAAGCCUGCUAUGGUAUUACAAGGAUACCAGAAGGGCAGUGGUUGUGUUGUACUUGUAAUCUCGGAAAGAAGCCGGAGUGUGUGUUGUGUCCAAAUAGAGGAGGGGCUAUGAAAUCUUUAAGGACUGGUCAAAAGUGGGCUCACGUCUCGUGCGCGCUCUGGAUACCCGAAGUUAGCAUUGGAUGUGUUGAAAAAAUGGAACCCAUUACUAAAGUAUCCAGCAUUCCGCAAAGCCGUUGGGCUUUAAUAUGCGUCCUUUGUCGAGAACGAGUCGGCGCGUGUAUACAGUGUUCGGUAAAGACUUGUAAAACCGCAUACCACGUGACGUGCGCAUUCAAACACGGCCUCGAAAUGCGAGCUAUUAUAGAGGACGAAAAUGCGGACGAUGGCGUCAAACUUAGAUCUUAUUGCGAAAAACAUAGCAAAUCUAGUAAAAAAGAAAAAAGUAUAUGUUCCGGAUCGGAAGAUGACGAUUGUAAGAGGAAAAAACGUAAAGAUAUGACGUCAGAAGAGAAGAAUCAAGCGCGUGCGAUUCGUCUGCAGGAAAUAGAAGCAGAAUUUUUUAAACACGUUUCCGUAAAAGAUAUUCAUUUUAACCUUGACAAUGACGCCUUAAUAUACAUCUAUAAUUAUUGGAAAUUGAAGAGAAAAGCUGGUUUUAACAAACCUCUUCUUCCACCGAAAUCAGAAGACGUUGACAUGCUUUCUCACAAGAGAGAACAAGCCGACGUUGAAAAAAUGAAAAUGUUUGUACAAUUGAGACAAGAUCUAGAGCGGGUUAGAAACUUAUGUUACAUGGUUAGUAGAAGAGAAAAAUUGUCGAGAUCAUUCUUCCGAAUGAGGGAGCAGACGUUCCACAAACAAACUGCAGUGUUAGAUUCUUCUCCGUCAUUACCUUCAUCUGUGAUCGAAGCCGUCAUAGAAGCUAAUCAUGGUCCUUCCAUUUAUGACAGACUUUAUUCACAUAAUGAAGCGGAAGAUCACACCAACGACUUGGAAGCUAUCCUAGCAAGAAUAGCUGGCAAGUCACCGGCGCAUUCAGGAGAUGAAUCCAAAGUGGAGGUUAAUGGUUUAUUCAAAGACGUUAAAAAUAAUCCCUACAAGAAAGUGUACUUUAAUGGUUCUUCCAAACGAAGAAGUGCCAGUUUAUAUGGCAGCAGUAUGUCAGAACCAAGCAGUAGUGACGAAAAACCAAAAGAUAAUAAAGAAAAUAGAUUGCACACUGAUAGCGAAGAAGAAAAACCUUCUGUGUCUAGCACAACAAAGAAAAGAUCUAUACCACGAAAGUCUAAUAAUGUCAGUAAAGUUGUGGAGAGAAAGAGACGAAAGAAACACAAUGCACCAGUUAAACAUGGUUUGGAUACUAGUAGUGAAGAUGACAUUAAAGAUUCCAAAAAGGAUUGGAGCCAAUUUUCUAGGUCGAGGUUAAGUCAAAUGGAUAAAGAAUUAGGUGAUUCGGCUAGUGAUAGUGAUGAACUGAUGAUGCCGAUAAAAUCGCUAAAUAAAGAAGACAAUCAUAAAUCGACUGCGAAAUCCAUGUCGUCAAUAUACUCGGACACGGAUAGCUCCGACGAUUCCGGCAAAAACGACGACAAAUCGUCCAAUGCCACUAGUGAUUCCCAAAGUAAGUUACGUACAAAGGCAGCAGUUAAAGAAUUUUCCCACAAACCUUCUAAAGGAAAUAAAAAUAGUAAUAGUACGACAGAAGUUAAAAAGAAAGCUAAACCAGAAGAGGCUAAAAAAGAGAAGGAUUCGAAGAAAAAAGAUUACGUACCUUCUGAUCUCAUUGUUCCUCAAAGACAGGCGGCUAAGAAAGCUACAGAAAACCUGAAGACAAAUACGACUUCGAGAGCCAAAGACCAUCCCGCUACCGUCGAAGAACCACCACCGAAAGUGGAAGAAAAACCAAAGCAAAAAUUAAAAACGAAACAGGCGAAAGAUAAUAAAGAAAAAGAUGUUAAAGAAAAAGAACCAGAAGUGAAGGAAAAACCAUCAAAAGAAGUCAAAGACAAGGAAGUCAAAGACAAAGAAGUCAAAGAUAUCGUAAAAGAGGAGGAAACACCCAAAGAAAGAGAAAAAGAAAAAGAAAAGGAACAACCGCCAAGUAAAGAGGUUAAAGAAAAGAAGAAGGACAAGGAAAAUAAACAAGCAGUAGAUGUAUUUGACAUUGAUAAAGACAUUGAAAAGAUCGAACCUCAAGAACUGCUAUAUGUACCACAGCGACAAGCUGCUAAAAAGGCUGCCGAACAUAUUAAGAGUGGUCUCGGAAAGCCCGUUGUGCCACAAGCAGCUGAAACGGGACCAACUCAAGAACUUACUGAUAAAGUCAAGAAAGAAAUUGAAGUUAAGAAAGUAGAUACAACAAAGAAACCAGAAGUUAAAAAAGAGGUUGAAGUGUCGAAACCCGCGAAAGUAUCUGAAAUCAAAAGAAAGUCUUCCACUAAUUCGAGCAGCAAUUCGUCUUCCUCUACUAGUAGUUCGUCGGAUUCAUCCAGUUCUUCGAGUUCUGACAGCGACGAAGAGAACGCAGAUGAAAAGUCCAAUCAACAGCAGCCGCGAUCGGAGAGUAGCAAGCGGAGUGUUGCCAAGGACUUGCCCUUUCUUGACAAGGGAGCCAGGUCUGCGGCAACCUCUGGUUCCUCAAGCUCUAGCGAUUCAAGUCCUCCCUCAUCACCCACAAAGAAAGCUAAAUCCCCUUCACCUCCUACUACCCGAACAGACUCUCCAUCGCGAGCCGCAAAUGAACUUACCAAACCCAAGAGGAGUCCCGAUAAGAAACAGCCUUCGGCGACUUCUAAACGUGAAGAACAACAACCGUCACGACCACCUAGAGGACGAGGAAGAGCUCCUAGAGGUCGUCCCAGGAUAUCGAACUCUGGUGAACGGCUCGGAGAUGCUAAUGUCAGGAGUAGAGAUUUGUCUGAUGGCCAACGUGUCGGUUUGGAAGGGGAAUCGAAAUCUACCAAAGGAAGAAAGGCCAGACCAACUCCACGAGAUAGUGUGGACGAAAAAGACACCAAAUUACUCUCUCCGGUCAGGAAAACGGACAAGAAAUUGAAAGACGUCAAAUCGCUUGAAACCACUUCGUUAGAGAAAGAAAUGACGACGAGAAAGGUCGACAAAGAAAAAGAAAUUUCCGCGACAAAGGGUAAAAUGGAAAGACUUUUUGGUACUCCUGAAGUAAAAGAGGAAAAAUUAGAUAAGGUUGAGAAACCUGAAAAGAUCAAGAAGGACUUAAAUAAAGCGAUCGACAAUCUUUCAAAACCAUCAGAAAAACCUCUGAUAGCACCAGAAAAAUUAACUAUACCCGAUAAAAAUAAUAUUGAGCAAAGUAAUAAACCGAAUAAAGCCACAGAUAAACCAAAACCGGUUGAAGAAAAGAAACCGCUGGAACAAACUGUCACCUCUGACAAACCAAAACUGGAAGAACCUAAAAAUGAUUUAUCGUUGCCCGAUCUUACCGAUAAAGUUACCAAACCAGUCGAUAAACCGCCGAAAAUAGAAUCAUUAGUUAAAUCUCCCAACAAAGAAUUGAAAGAACAACUCGAAAAGAAAUCGGAAAUUAAAGACGAACGGAAAAUAUCAACAAAGAAACCUGUUAGCAAGGGUAGAAGUAUAGACGAUAUAUUCGCUAAUAAACUAUCUAACAGCGAAACCAAAGAAAAUAAAAUAGAAAUUAAGAAACCUCCCACACCUAAACAGUCCAAGGCAACCGAUGAAAUAACUUUAGCAGAUAAGAUAGUAGAUGAUCAUUUACAAACGCACAAAGCAAAAGAUCUCUUUAAUCGCCAAGCGGAAGUCGUUCAAGAAGCUUUCAGUGUCACAUCCGAUGUAACGAAAACAUUGCUGAACGAUCUAGAAGCCGAGAAGAAAAAUUCGUUAAAACCAGCAGGCAUAACCAAUCAAGUUUUGCAGAAUCGGUCUAUAUUCUCCCCACAACCGCAUAUUAAAGAUAAUGAUUUCUUAGACUUGGUAAACUUUGACGACAUGGGAAUCACCAAAGAUGACGACUUGAUGAAGAGUUCCCUCACUUGGAACUUUAAUACUAGCAAUACCAUAAUACGAGAGGAUACAAAAGAAGACAGUGCCAGAGAGACUCUUAAUCUUGUAGAGAAAUUGCGAAUGGGACUCUCGAAGAAAUCUGGCGUUAGUGAUAUUGACGAGCCGACAACGAGCGAAGUAGAAUUCCCUCAAGAACAAGAACAACAACUUUCAGAUCACAUGAACAAAGACGGUAAAGAGACAUCGAAUGUAGAAUUAGAACUAAAAGUUCAGGUCACGGAGGUCGCUCCCUCUAAACCGUUCCCAGAUAUCAACAAAGACCAACAGCAGGACUACAACUAUUUGAGUGUUCCUUCCGAUCUGCCUAAAGAUAUUGUUCACCAAAAUGAAAGUCUCACGGAUCAUACGACGCCCGUUCAAGGCGACGAGCGUUGGGUUCCUCCUAGCGACAAUUACCCGAACGUGCAAGCGGUAGACCCGCGAAAUUACAUAGACUCAUUGGUGCCAUCGAUGAGUGCCGACUCCAGUGUACCGUCCAUCGUUCCGGAACCGGUAGUACCUCAUUAUUUGGAGCAAUACGCGAACAACGCCACCGAAAACAAUCAAGAAAAUCACAAGAAACAAUUAAACUCGUUACCUGCCCAAUUAGAAGCUCGACUUCAGGAGGAGGUGCUCAAGACCCAUUCGCCUUUGUUGCAAGACAGAAUCGACAGGAGAAUAUCGCAGACGCCUCUCAUCGACCCUUCGUCCAUGGAUUGCAUGAACAGUCCGAUGCCGUACGCCAAUAUUCAUCCGCAAGCCAAGUGGGCCGACUGCGAAGUCAUACCGAAUCGAAGAUCUGUUUCAAGGUCAUCGUCCAGCUCUUCCUCAUCAACUUCGUCUAGUUCCCGGCGAGACGAAGAAGAACCUCGCAUUCCUGACGUAAGAUUGGUGAACCACGCAACUUUGGACAUGGCAGCAUCUUACUUACCAAACCAAGUUCCGCCGGCAUUUCCACCGAAUCCUAUGGAUAAUUUUGGCGGUUAUUCAGCUCCGGACGGUUCCUGUUAUCCCGUUAGUUUGUUUCCUCCGCCGAAUCUUAAUACUCAGUUACCGUUUCCUCCUACGGGACCUGCUCCGAUGUAUCAUCCGCCUCCUGCUUUUGGUGCUCCUUUUCCAGCUCAACCUCUCUCCAUGCCGACGACGAAACCAUUGGAAGAAUCUUCGGUCAACUAUUCUUCGCCCUGUACUGCUGCUUUUACGUCGUCGCAGCACAAUAUGGCCUUUACCGCUGCCAUGGUCAACAUGCCACAAUCUGCGGAUCCUAUGAAGCCCCUGGAACAACAAUUGGACGAACAGUUACUCGGAACUCCAUCCAUUGAUCCUGUAGCUGUUCCGUCCUUGACUCCAACGACGUCUACUGAAGAAAUCAUUCCUUCACCCGCUCUCAGUAAUUCGACGCCAACGGCUAACAGCACCCUUCCUUCCCCUAGUACUUCGCUGAAGUCGAAUAGCUCGGCUGGUAAGAAAUCUCCCAGCAAACCCACCAGGACUUCCGCUAGAGUGAGUUCGCAAAUGAUGAACAAGUCACCCGCUAAGAGUCCAGGAAAGAGCCCGAGACAAGAGACUGCACUUAAACAAAGCGGGCCCGGUAGGGGGCGAGGCGAUUCUAAGAGGGGUUCAGGAAAGACAGGAUUGAAUCGAGGAUCGGGAACGAUGAGAGGAAGGGGACGAGGAAGAGGUAGAGGAAGGGGUAACCACCAUAGCGACUACGACUUUGUGAGUGCGGGUACUAUUCACAACAAAUUAGUCGGUACUGUUUAUGAUCUAGACUUCGAUGAAGAUAUUUCCAAUGACAACAUGGCUGAUUUGAAGUCAAUGAGGGAGCGAAGAAAGUCCUUGGACAUCCACGAAAGGAAGUUCGAGCCGUUUUCGUCCACCAGAGAUUCGCCUCGGUCGCCGAAAUUUUCUAGUCCAUCACAAACAUCACAUAAAGGUAGGAGUUAUAAUACUGAUUUACGCGAACUGAGGCCGCCAACUCCAAUCGAAGACAGCCGAUCGAAAACAGACAUAUCUCUCACCAGUUCGGACAACGAACCACCGCAGGCGUUCCCAGACGUUACUCCGCCUCUUCCGGGACCAGUGGACAUGCGGACUUACAGUUCCAGCUUCGAUCAGACGUACAAUGAACAGAAUCUGCUCAGCGCUUUCGCCAGCGGUACUGCAGAGACUCAGGUGCAAGAAAUAGACGAGGACUUCGAGAAGGAGCUGCACACGGCUCUGGCGAAGAAACCGGUCGAAACUCCACCACCGUCGUCGUCCGAAUCAUCCAGCAAUAUGAAGGUGUCCUUAUCCGAUGCUCGGAAUCAGCUGAAGGUCAAAAUCAAAGGGCCUAUCUCGAAUUACACGUCCACGGUCGCUUCUCUUCCACCUCUGCCUCCACCAGUACAUGAUACAUCAACGCCAGUGGCGGUCAACUCUGUUGCAAAUAAUUCAAUGUUAAAUAGCGGAUCUACCUCUGUCGGAUCAUCGUCUGGUCCUUCGAGCUUGAGGCGGAUGAGGAAGAAGGAGCUGUUGAGGCAAUACGUGACGCAGGAUAUGAACAUGGACGAACCUUUGAGCAAUACCAGCUUCACAGCACCGGCAGCGCCUCCAGUGAACCGAACCAUAAUAACCAUUCCGAAAGCAGUGGCUUCCAUGACGAGCAUACCAACGAAAGAGGACUACCGGUACUACAGAACCGACUCCGACGACCUCAUAGAUUCGAAACAACACCGGAAAGAAUCGAAGUCGCGUCCUCUAUCACGGGAGCUUCGUCAGCUGGAUUUGACGGACAGUGAUGGGAACCUCGAACGGAGGCGGAACAGCGGUUCUUUGGGCAGCAACAAUUCCAGUUUAGAUUCUUCGUUGGCUAACAAAAGGAGAGGACGGCCGACAAGGCCGUCGUCUCAGCAGCUCCAACAACCACAACCGGCCGCUCCCAAGCUCAAAAUUAAAAUCGGCAAUAAUACCAACAGUAUUGUGGGUGGACCGGAGAGUCCGCACGAUAAGAGGGAUAGGAUACGACCGCCCAAGAAACGACUGGCUGCCACGCUGAACAAACCUUCGGUGGAAGAUCUGAAGCGGGAGAGUAUGAAAUUCCGCAAAAUGAUGAUCAAAGAUUUGAAAUUCCAGCACAAAAAGAAGGAUAAGAGCGAGAAGAAAAAGAAGAAGAAGCUCAAGUCCGAAGUACAAAUAGUCGCCAACGCGGGCGAAAAUCCGACGAAGUUAAUCAUUCGUUUUAACAAAAAGAGUGACAGUGACAAUGAGAAACGGACGAGUGGUGAAUCGGAACUCGAUAUUAAUAAAGACAUAGUUGAUAAUAAACUUCCCGUGGAAGCAGACGAACAAUUGCCGCCGGUUAAACUGACUCCUAUCAAAUUAAAACUGUCUAGGUGUCAAGAAGGCUCAGGGUACGUGAUGAAACCCCCCGUCCACACCACCGAAAAGGAAGAAGAGCGAGUAGUUCAGCCGGGCCAACCUCCGCCCGAAGAAGCCGAGGCUGCGAAGCCCCGAGUAGACGCCGAACCCGCCGCCAAUUCCUCACCGCCCUCUCUAGAUCCCACUCCUCCGGUUUUAGCCGUCAGUAAAGACUGCGAAGUUAGAUGAUAAUCGUGUAAAUUUAUUUAUGUCGAAAUUGUGUAAAAUAUUGUAAUAUUGGUUGGAUAUAGAUGGUGACCAGUGAAGGAAGAUGUAGAGAGAUUAAUAGAUAAUUGAAAAGAUAUUUGUACAGAUCGAUGAAAUAUGCUAGCUGCUAUUCACAUGUUUAAACACACAUUGUUAAGCUGACUAGUGAAUGUGUAGGCUAAGCGAAAGACACGUACAAGGAGAUGUUUUCGUUACGGCUUUCAGGUUUAUAUUCGCUUUUGUCUAAAGCUAUCGAAACACUUUUAUAUAUACACGUAGCUAUUUUUAUUUACUCAACUUCUAUCAUGUUUUUACAAAUUAUUUAUUUAUCAUUCGCUAGAAUUAUACAAUUUGAAAUGUAUAACAACUUUUAUAACAAAUGACCUUU